AGGCAGUGGAGUAGUAGCUCCACCACACACAACCCAAAUAACUUCUCAUGCGUGUCGGUGUCCUCCAUCCUCCAAAAGUAAACAAGUCAUCAUCUCCAUUCUUGGCAAGAACCGUACCUCAGUUACCGGCCACUAGUCUGUAGUUCACUACCAGUAGCUACCUAGUCACCGGCCAGUGUUUCAGUGGAGAAUACAUAAAUUCUUGUUUGGAUAUUGAAUGGAGUGCUUGCCGUGGCAACAAGACGAGGUGGACCUGUCGCUGAGAUUGGAGCCGGCGGGCGGUGGAGGUGACGAGGUGGCACCGAUGGCGUACGUGGACGGCAAGGAGGUGCGGCUGUUCCCGUGCCUCUUCUGCGACAAGAAGUUCCUCAAAUCGCAGGCGCUCGGUGGCCACCAGAACGCGCACAAGAAGGAGCGCGUCGCAUCCUGGAACCCGCACGUGUAUUCCUGGGACGCCGGCGCCGUCCACUGGAGCGCAGGCCUCGGUGGUACCCCUGAAGCAUGCGUCCCCGUUGCUUCCCACGGCGGCUGCUCGGCCACGGGCACGACCAACCUUCGCCGCGGCGGGGCAGCAGUGCUGCCAAGGCAUUGCGCAGGCCGUGUGGAGGUGAUCGAUGUGGUUAACUCGACUGAGUGCUCCCGUGGUGCCGCCUCGUCAAGCACUGACUCCGGCGGAAAGAUACACCUCCAGCUAAGACUCUAAUCUAUGGGUUAUGGCCAUGUUUUCAAUUCCCCACGUGUUCAAGGCAAAUGCGGUGCAGGUAUUUGACGGCUUCUUUGGAACAAAUAAGGAUGCAAAUAAAAUGCAGGAAAAUAUUGUUACUGAUCAUGUUAUUUCUGUCAAUUCGAGCUAGCUCUACAUGUUUCUAUUGCAAUCUCCCGCUGUUCUCAUGUAUUUGUUGUGUAGUGUUCAGUGCAUUAUAUAUGUACCGAGUAUUCAGUCCUGAUAAAUAGGAUUAUUGUGCCUUUAGAACGAUGGUCCGCACAAUAUAUACCAGAACAUUCCCUAAUAUCCCCCUCAAGUCCAAGCAGGAUACAUAUUUGGAUGCUCGCAGUUACUCUUACAUAUAUACGGUGAAAAAGGAAAUAGCGAUUUUCUCAAAUUUAUCUCCAGUAUAAUUUCUUCUCGAACAUGAAAUCACUACAUAUC